AUGUCGAGCCGUCAAGACUACCUGAAUUUCGUGCUGGAUAGUCUGCAGGGAAAUGGCGGGCUAUCGGGUACCGCCCGGGGUGUCGCCCGUCAAACAGCUUCUGCAGCUGCCGGCACAGCUGCUGGAGGGCUGCUUGCCGGCCCCGGCGGCGCCCUGUUUGGCGGCAUCAUCGGUGGCCUUUACGGAUAUUUCACGACGGAAAGCUACUCAAGCCUCUUCUCGUUUUACAACACAUUGGCUGACGAUGACAGGCGAAAGGUUACGGAGAAGAUUCAAGGCUAUGUCGGGAGCACUUCGAUCAACGACUUCACGGGCUGGAUUACCCGUGAUGGGAAUAGGGACAUUUUGGUGACAAUGCUUAUUGAGUUGAUGCGCCAUGGGAUCUCAUCAAUGGGAUCUUCUGAUGCCCCGUCGUCCUCGGCGAGCAGCUCAUCCCGUGGCCGUCCGAGUUCAUCCAGGAACGGAGCUUCUCCCCCACCGUCCGCCCCGCCAUACGGAUUCUACGAGCCGCCGCCUCCAUAUUCCAAC